AUGUCUAACCAACACAUGUUGCCAGUGACUGACCUUCCUGUUGUCAUUCAGGAAUCCCCUAAGACUGCUUCUCCUCCAGCCCAUCUCAGGCAGGAGCAAGUGAAGCAGCCAGCUACACCACCUGCCCCAAGCCAAGAGGCACCCUCUGAGCUCCCAGUAGAGGGCCCUUCAAAACAUGAAAAGAAACCCACAACCCCUGGGAAUGGGCUGCCGGAGCAAGAGUGUGAGCAGCGGCUGCCACUGCAGCAGGAGCCACAGGAGCAGGAACUGCACCUGGGUCAGCAGCAGCAGCAGGAUCCACAGGACCCAGAAUUGCACCUGGGUCAGCAGCAGCAGCAGACACCUCUGGAGAUGCAUGUGAAACAGCUACAGCAGGAGGCACAAGAGAAGCCACACCUGGGUCAGCAGCAGCAGCAGGAGCCACAGGAGGCAGAACUGCACCUGGGUCAGCAGCAGCAGGAACCCUGGGACCUGCAUGUAGAACAGCUACAACAGGAGCCACAAGAACAGAAGCCACACCUGGGUCAGCAGCAGCAGCCACAGGAGCCCAAACAACACCUGCGACAGCUGCAGCAGGAUCCACAGGAGCCAGAACUGGACCUGGGACAGAAGCAGCAGAAGCCACAGGAGUUGGAACAACAUCUGAGACAGCAGCAGAAGCCACAGGAGCAGGACCCGUGCCUGGGAAAGCAGCAGAAGCCACAGGAGCAGGACCCGUGCGUGGGAGAGCAGCAGCAACAGAAGCCACAGCAACAGGAGCUGGAUCUAGGCAAGAAGCAACAGCAGAAGCCACAGGAAGAGGAACUGAGCCUGGGACAGCAGCAGCAGCAGGAGUCACAGAAGCAGGAGCUGAACCUGGGGCAGCUACAGCAAGAGGUGCCAAAGGAGCCAGAACUGCAUCUGGGACAGCAGCAGCAGGAGCUGCAGGAGCAGGACUUGAACCUGGGGCAGCAGCAACAGCAGGAGUCACAGAAGCAGGAGCUGAACCUGGGGCAGCUACAGCAAGAGGUGCCAAAGGAGCCAGAACUGCAUCUGGGACAGCAGCAGCAGGAGCUGCAGGAGCAGGACUUGAACCUGGAGCAGCAGCAACAGCAGGAGUCACAGAAGCAGGAGCUGAACCUGGGGCAGCUACAGCAAGAGGUGCCAAAGGAGCCAGAACUGCAUCUGGGACAGCAGCAGCAGCAGCAGCAGCAGGAGCUGCAGGAGCAGGACUUGAACCUGGGGCAGCAACAGCUGCAAUCACGACUGCAUGAAGAACAGCAGGAAGCACAAAACGUGGAUCAUCAGCUUGAGCAAGAGAAAGCACAAAAGGAGCAAUAUCUAAAGGAGCACCUGGAACAGGAGACACAGCUCUUGGAUAAGCAACUGGAUCAAGAGCUAGUAAAGAAAGAUGAGCAACUGGAAAGGAAGAAGGAGCAGCUGCUGCAGCACCUGGAGCAGCAGGAGAAGCAGCUGAAAACACCUGUGCUUGCCCCAACCCCUGGCCAGGUCCAAGAGAACCAGCUACUCCAGCCACUGAAUGGAGAAGACUUGCUCCCCGCAGGGAAGCAGCAGAAGAAGGAGGUGCAGUGA